AUGAUCAGUUGCUCUCCAGUUACCUGGACCUUCUUAAUGUUGAUCCUUCUUCAGUUGAUUUCUUCCCUCUAUCAGAGAUGCAGGCUGGAUGUCCCGGCUCUUGAGGGUAUCACUCAUCCAGGAGAUAUCAUGAUCGGAGUUUUGAUGCCUAUUUUUAUGGAUAAAGUUUACCAAAACAUUAUCUUCACCGAUCGACCACCCAGAAUCAGAUGUGAUCCAUUCUGGUUGAAUUCCUACCACCAACUUCUAGCCAUAAAGUUUGCUGUAAACGAGAUCAACAUGAACCCCAAUGUUCUUGGUAACAUGACGUUAGGGUUGCAGGUAUAUAAGACGUGUAAUGUGCCUCACUAUGAAGUACAAGGAGCCUUACACUUGUUAUCUGAAUCCAGUAUGGCCAUCCCCAGCUACAGGUGUCAUGGGCGAUCAGCCUACAGUGCGGUUAUAGGAUCUUUCUUUUCCACCAACUCAAUGACAUUGGCAAAUAUGUUAGGAGUCUUAAGAUACCCUCAGAUCAGUGGAGCAUCAAGUAUCUCUCUCCUUAGCAAUCGUAUAAUGUUCCCCUCAUUUGUCAGGACGGUUCCCAGUGAUAAGGAACAGUCUAAGGGACUGGCAAAGCUCAUUCUACACUUUGGUUGGACCUGGGUCGGUCUGUUGGCUGUGGACAAUGAUUAUGGCCUACAAGGGAUUCAACCAAUCAGGGAAGACAUAAUAAAGGCUGGAGCAUGUAUUGCCUUCACUGAAUAUAUUCGUUUAUCUCAACCAGACCACAACGCACCCCACAUUGUCAUGGUCAUUAAAGAGUCAUCAGCUAAGGUUGUCGUCAUCUUCGCUUCUGAUGCUAAUUUGGUUCCUAUCAUGAGUGAGAUGUUGAAACAGCAAAUCAAAGAAAAGAUCUUUGUCUCAAAUGCUGGUUGGUCAAUGUCUAAUUUGUUCUCAGCUGGAAGCUUUACACAACUUUUAUCAGGGUCCAUCGGUUUAUUUAUCAACAACAGAGUGAUUCCAGAAUUCAGUGACUACCUCAAUGAGGUCCAUCCUUCUGUGAUAAACUCCUGGGUGAACUUAUACUGGGAGAAACUUUUCAACUGUAACUUUCUGUAUCAGGAGAACACAACCAGUCCAUUGAAUCCCAUGGUGAAAGAGUGCACAGGAGCAGAGAGUAUAGACAGCAUCAAGAACAGCUUCAUCUACACCAAUAGCUUAACUUUUCUUCAUGGCUACUACGCUGCUGUCCAUGUUGUAGCCAAAGCUUUAGAAGACCUGAAGAACUGCAAAGUAAGACAAGGAACAGUUUCCGUUAUGAGCUGUAAGGACAUUUUGAAUUUCAAGCCAUGGCAGCUCCUGCACUAUAUAAAGAAUGUGAGGGUCACACUGAACAGCGGAAGUGACAUUUAUUUUGAUGAACAUGGAGACAUCCCUGCAGUCUAUGACAUUGUGAACUGGCAGUUGACCCAGGAAGGGACUCUGCAACUGGUCAAGGUUGGCAGUUAUGACACUGUCACAUCUUCUGGUCAAUUUCUCAACAUCAACUCAAGUCAGUUGUCAUGGACUAUGGGGAAAAAAGAGACCCCUCGCUCUGUCUGCAGUGGGAGCUGUCUACCAGGUACCAGGAAGGCAGCUAUCAGAGGACAACCUGUGUGUUGCUUUGAAUGUGUCCCUUGUCUACAGGGAGAAAUAUCUAACCAAACAGAUUCCAUUAAUUGUCUGAAGUGUCCAUGGGACCAGUGGCCGAAUCUUCAGAAAACCGAAUGUCUACAGAAGCCCAUAGAGUUCCUACACUAUGAAGAUCCAUUAGGAGCAGCAUUGGCAGUGACAAGCAUAUUGUCCUCAGCCAUUCCUGUUAUAAUAUUAACAAUUUUCAUUUACUCUAAGGACACACCGAUAGUGAAAGCUAACAAUUACUCUCUAAGCUGCCUUCUGCUGGUGUCCCUGUCUUUGUGCUUCCUCUGCUCUUUAGGUUUCAUUGGGUAUCCCCAACCAGAGAACUGUGUCCUACGCCAAGCUGCAUUUGGCCUGGUGUUUACUCUUUGCAUCUCUUGUAUUUUGGCAAAAACUAUGAUGGUGGUCUUUGCUUUCAUGGCCACCAGACCGGGCAGUAGCCUGAGGAGAUGGACCACACCUCAAGUGUCCUACAUGAUCAUUUCUGCUUGUUUCCUUUUACAAUUAAUUUUAUGUCUCACUUGGCUGACACUCGCUCCUCCUUUCCCACAGUACAACACUUACACCAAACCUGGACUAAUCAUUGUUGAGUGUAAUGAAGGCUCCCCCAUUGCCUUUUGGACCAUGCUGGGUUAUCUGUUCCUUCUGGUCACCAUUAGUUUCAUUGUUGCCUUCCUGGCUCGGAGACUUCCUGACACCUUCAAUGAGGCCCAGUUCAUUACCUUCAGCAUGCUGGCCUUCCUCAGUGUCUGGGUGUCCUUUAUCCCGGCCUCCAUCAGUGCUCAGGGUAAAUACACAGUGGCCAUGGAAAUAUUUGCUAUCCUGGCUUCCAGUUGGGCUCUGGUGAUCUGUAUGUUCCUUCCUAAAUGUUUCAUCAUAGUGUUCAGACCAGACAUGAACUCCAGGGAACAUUUCAUGAGAAGAGGCAGAGAUCAAUCUAAAAGCAGGUGGAAAUAG